AUGGCAAAACUCGAGGGCAUCCAACACAGGUACAGAUCACUACCACCUCCUCCAAGUCGCAACGGGUCCGAGUGGAGCUCCGCGGGCGCGCGCACCAGUCCACGCGCGGCCCCGAUGUGUGCAGGAGAGAGGCGCACGAGCGGCCCCGAGUUGAAGCGUGGGAGGUGGGCAGACAGCGACGCUAACGCCGCUAACAAUGGUGGAGCUAACGCCGCUAACAAGGGUGGAGCUAACAGCGCUAACAAUGGUGGAGCUAACAGCGCUAACAAUGGUGGAGCUAACAGCGCUAACGAUGGAGGAGACAGGAGCAAGCUGAGCCUUCAGACCUGCUGCUACUGCGUCCUCUGA